ACCCUCACCAUGUACUUCCAGCAGUCCUGGAGGGAUAAAAGGCUCUCCUAUUCUGGAAUACCUCUAAACUUGACGCUGGACAACAGAGUGGCUGACCAGCUCUGGGUGCCUGACACCUAUUUUCUAAACGACAAGAAGUCAUUUGUCCAUGGGGUGACAGUGAAAAAUCGAAUGAUUCGACUCCAUCCAGAUGGGACAGUUCUCUAUGGCCUACGGAUCACAACAACAGCCGCUUGCAUGAUGGAUCUACGCAGAUAUCCUCUGGAUGAACAAAACUGCACACUAGAAAUUGAAAGUUAUGGAUACACUACUGAUGAUAUUGAAUUCUACUGGAAUGGAGGAGAGUCUGCAGUAACAGGAGUUAACAACAUUGAACUCCCACAAUUUUCUAUUGUUGAUUACCAGAUGGUAUCAAAGAGAGUAGAAUUUACAACAGGAGCAUAUCCUCGAUUAUCCCUCAGUUUCCGGCUUAAGAGGAAUAUCGGAUACUUCAUUUUGCAAACCUAUAUGCCUUCUACAUUGAUCACAAUUCUGUCAUGGGUAUCUUUUUGGAUCAAUUAUGAUGCUUCUGCAGCCAGAGUUGCCCUAGGAAUCACAACUGUGCUGACCAUGACCACAAUCAGCACCCACCUCAGGGAGACGUUGCCAAAGAUACCAUACGUCAAGGCAAUAGAUAUUUACCUGAUGGGAUGCUUUGUGUUUGUGUUCUUGGCCUUGCUGGAAUAUGCCUUUGUAAAUUAUAUAUUCUUCGGUAAAGGACCCCAGCGUCAGAAAAAGUCAGCAGACAAGGCAGGACAUGCUGCAGGCAAGAAGGGCCGACUGGAUACAAAUACAGUCCAGGUUGAUGCCCAUGGAAGCAUUCUUCUUAAUCCACUUGAAGUAAGAACUGAAGUCAGCAGCUCAGAUGCAUUCACAAGCCUCAGAGACCCAAGAGCCACCAGGUACUCGUACGACAGUGCCAGCCUUGCGUUCAGAAGAACCACUUCCAGCAGAGAACUCUACAGUAGGAGCACUCUGGACAGACACAAACUUCACAAGAAAGGACACUUACGAAGAAGGGCCUCCCAGAUCAAGGUCAAAAUCCCCGACUUGACUGAUGUUAAUGUGAUAGACAAGUGGUCCAGAAUGGUCUUUCCCAUCACGUUUAUUCUUUUCAAUGUUGUCUAUUGGCUGUAUUAUGUCCACUAAUUUAUGCAAUAGCUUUUAACACAGACUAGCUUACCAGAAGUUGUUUUUCCUUCUCAAGUUCGUUAACUCGGAAGAACUGCAGUUACCAUGAUGCUGCAUUGCCAAGCCAAGAUAUUCAUCCACCGAGUACUUCUAGGUCUGUUUCUGAAAAAAAUAAACAGCUAAAAAAGCCUUACCACUUUCAGAUCAGAACAGAUCUGCUCUUAUAUAGCAUCUUCACCAAAAGCACUAUUCUUAGAACUUUACAAAAAAAUGUGCAUCACCAAUGAGCUUUCCCUACCCACUUCUAUUUCAUUUGAGGAGAAUUAAAAAUUAUUGUAUUUCUUGCCACAUACUGGUAGCCCAUUCCAGGAUACCCUCCCCAAGUAAGACAGUAUGACUCAACAGUUGUUACGUUAGAAUCUUUCAGCCUUAAAAGACUCUAAAGACAGUUGAAAACUUUAAAGGAUUAUAAUUCUAUAGCAUCAUUUUAAUUGUAAUAGGAAAUAUUUUCAUAGUGUCUGUGAAAAGUAUCAUUCAAGGAUAUGUAAGUCAAUUCACAUUUUCAGUGAGGCAGGGAUUUUCAAAGGAGCAUAAGGACAGCAGGGACAAAUUCCACCAAGUUUCCAACUCUGAAGACAGCUCAUUGGAUAUAACUGGAAUUCUGUUAUUUCCACAGUAUAGCAAAGUCAGAUUGAUACAAGAACAAUUGUGCCACCUCUAAUUUUGUACUGAAUAAAACAAAUACAAGAAAAAGUGUGCUCAUUCCUAGAAGCUACUACUAAUAGAUACUCCAGAUCAAGA